CCUGAGCACGCUGCUCUGAUCAUGUAAGUCGUCCGCCUCAGAAACCAUGACAGCACCAUCCUAGUCAUUAUCUACUGCCCCUCCAUUGAAUUUGGGUCCUCAAGGUGUUGCCCCGCCACUGUCUGCAUCGGAGCUUCUUCCCUGGCGAUGUCGGGCUCAUUAAAGGAGUCAUAAGCAUUGGUGAAAAACACGGCUUUAGUUCCACUGGGUCUGUUUCAUGAGCAAAUUUCUUGCAGCUGCGCAUUUCUAUUUCUGCACAAAGCCAUUCUUCAGUCAGAAACUUGAUCUCUUACAUCCUUCUGCUGAACAAGUUCUUCAGUCUAACGCACCACCUCUCAGAAAUCCAACAAGAAGAAUCAACUACAACCGCCACAAUGGCUAUUACCAAGAUCCACGCUCGCUCGGUCUACGACUCUCGUGGAAACCCCACGGUCGAGGUUGAUGUCGUCACCGACACUGGCCUCAACCGUGCCAUUGUUCCCUCUGGAGCUUCGACCGGUCAGCACGAGGCUUGUGAGCUUCGCGACGGCGACAAGUCCAAGUGGGGCGGCAAGGGUGUCACCAAGGCUGUUGAGAACGUCAACAACAUUAUCGGCCCUGCCCUGAUCAAGGAGAACAUCGAUGUUAAGGACCAGUCCAAGGUUGAUGAGUUUCUCAUCCAGCUUGAUGGCACCCCCAACAAGACCAAGCUUGGUGCCAACGCAAUCCUCGGUGUUAGCUUGGCUGUUGCCAAGGCCGGUGCCGCUGCCAAGGGUGUCCCUCUUUUCGCCCACGUCUCCGACCUCGCCGGCACCAAGAAGCCUUAUGUCCUCCCCGUCCCCUUCAUGAACGUCCUGAACGGAGGUUCGCACGCCGGUGGUCGCCUGGCCUUCCAGGAGUUCAUGAUUGUCCCCUCAGCUGCUCCUUCUUUCACCGAGGCCAUGCGCCAGGGUGCUGAGGUCUACCAACAGCUGAAGGGUCUUGCCAAGAAGAAGUACGGUCAGUCAGCUGGCAACGUCGGCGACGAGGGUGGUGUCGCCCCCGAUAUCCAGAGCGCCGAGGAGGCUCUCGAGCUGAUCACUGCCGCUAUUGAGGCUGCUGGCUACACUGGCAAGAUGAACAUCGCCAUGGAUGUUGCCUCGACCGAGUUCUACAAGGAGGAGGAGAAGAAGUACGACCUGGACUUCAAGAACCCCGACAGCGACAAGUCCAAGUGGAUCACCUACGAGCAGCUGGCCGCCAUGUACAGCGACCUUUGCAAGAAGUACCCUAUUGUCAGCAUCGAGGACCCCUUCGCCGAGGACGACUGGGAGGCCUGGAGCUACUUCUACAAGACCCAGGACAUUCAGAUUGUUGCUGACGACCUGACUGUCACCAACCCCCUUCGAAUCAAGAAGGCUAUCGACCAGAAGGCCGCCAACGCUCUGCUCCUCAAGGUCAACCAGAUCGGUACCCUGACUGAGUCUAUCCAGGCUGCCAAGGACUCUUUUGCUGACGGCUGGGGCGUCAUGGUCUCGCACCGUUCGGGUGAGACCGAGGAUGUGACCAUCGCCGACAUUGCUGUCGGUCUCCGUGCUGGUCAGAUCAAGACUGGUGCCCCCGCCCGCUCUGAGCGUCUUGCCAAGCUUAACCAGAUUCUCCGCAUUGAGGAGGAGCUCGGCUCCAACGCUGUCUUUGCUGGCGAGAGCUUCCGCAAGGCCAUUAACAUGUAAAUGCAGAUUUUUGAUAAAAUGCGAGGCUUGAGUUUGUGGCCUCUAUAUUGCUGAUGGUAUCGAGGACUACAACUGGCACUUGAAAAGCGGUGUUGUUCUCGUAUUGAAAAGCAGGUAACUUAACGGCUUAUGAUAAAGAAAAUGAACUCAGAUAGACGAUGGGCUGUUUUGCAGGUACCCAUAAUAAUACCCAUUUGGCCCUUUUGAUUUUAGACUUUGGCCG